GCGGCGGCCACACGCCGGCGCAGCUGUGCGGAACUCGGCCGUGGCCGGCUGUUGCGAGGCCUUGAGUGCGAAUGCUGUGCGAUCUUGGCUACUGACGUGGACGACCGUCCGGUGUCGUGAGCAGCGGCGUUUGUGAGGUGCAGCGUCUCAGCCGCGGGUCGGGUCCGCGGUGCUCCGUGACGGGCCGGCGCGUCUGGGCCCGCGCGUCCCCCGCUGAACGAAAACCACACUGCUCGGCUUGCGCAAGCGCUACCUCGUGUGGCCCGGCGCGUGGCACCGGGCUGCGUCCCGCAGACUGAGUGCAGCGGUGCCCGGCGCCUGAGGCCGAGCCAUGGUUGUGCCCGAGGUGGCCCCGACCGGUGCUCGCGGCUACGGGGCCAUAGCGCCAGCCGAGCCGGCCGCGCGAGGAGACAAGGGGAGUGUCGACGGUGGCCGUGGUGGCCGCGGCGGGUCGUUCAGGUAUGAGCCGCUGGCGCUCGAUGAAGGUCUGCGGCACCGCGCCGUCAUCGGCAAGGGCACCGAGGAGGAGCUGGUGGUGCGCGGCUACUGUCGCAGCCUGCCCCUCAGCGCCAUCUUCUGGGUGGGGUCGCUGGCGCUGGGCCUGUGGCCCCUGCUGGUCACCUACUGGCGGCCGGACUGGCGGCUGCGGCUCACGCACGGGCGCUGUCCACUCUGGUGCGCCACGGCCGUCCUCCUCACGGACCUGCACGGCCGGACGUCGGUGGAGUCGGUGGUGAGCGAACGUGCCGGACCGGCGACGCCACCCCCGUUUCGGAUCAGGAGGACGGCGGCGGAGGCGGCGGACCGCAGUCCGCUCCUGUUGCAUCAGGACGAGGACGAGGACCACAUUCGCUACUUCUGGUCGUACCACCUGAAGUACACCUGGAACCACGAGACCGGCUGCUUCGUCCAGCUGAGCGGCCUGGACAGGGGUGUCAGGGUCUCCCAGCUGCUGGAGAAUUACAACGGGUACUCACCGGCGGAGCAGGCAGACAGGCUGUCGCUGUACGGAGAGAACAGGAUCACCGUCCAGGUCAAGUCGUACCUGCGCCUUCUCGUCGAGGAGGCGCUGAAUCCGUUUUACAUCUUCCAAGUCUGCAGCCUGACGCUGUGGGCGCUCGACGACUACGAGAUCUACGCCACCUGCAUCUUCGUCAUCUCUGUCAUCUCGAUCGGCGUCUCCCUCUACGAGACCAGGAAGCAAAGCGAGACGCUGCGGGACAUGGUGCUCGCCUCGGCGGUCAGCACGGUGACCGUUCGGCGCAGCGACGGAGAGGUGGUCGAGCUGGGCUGCGAGCGUCUGGUGCCGGGAGAUGUGCUCGUGCUGCCCGAGAGCGGCUGCUCCAUGGCCUGCGACGCCGUGCUGGUGGCCGGCUCCUGCAUCGUCAACGAGUCCAUGCUCACCGGGGAGAGUGUGCCCGUGACGAAGACCCAGCUGACCUGCGGGGAGGAGGGGGAGCUGUUCUCGCCCGAGAGCCACAAGCGGCACACGCUGUUCUGCGGCACGCAGGUUAUCCAGACGCGCUUCUACGGCAACAGCCCGGGACAAGGCCAUUGUCAGGUGCUCGCGGUGGUCAUCCGCACAGGCUUCAGCACGGCCAAGGGCGAGCUCAUCCGCUCCAUCCUCUUCCCCAAGCCCAUGGGCUUCAAGUUCUACCAGGACUCGAUGCGGUUCAUCGGCUUCCUGUUCCUGCUUUCGGUCAGCGGGCUGGCGUACACCGUGUACCUGUACGUCAUCAGAGGCGCAUCCGUGCGGCACACAGUGCUGCGCGCGCUGGACAUCAUCACCAUCGCGGUGCCGCCGGCGCUGCCGGCCGCCAUGACGGUCGGCACCGUGUACGCGCAGAACCGGCUGAAGGUGGCCAGCAUCUUCUGCAUCUCGCCACCGCGCAUCAACGUCUGCGGCAAGCUCAAGCUCUUCUGCUUCGAUAAGACGGGUACGCUGACAGAGGACGGCCUGAGCAUGUGGGGCGUGGUGCCGUGCUCUCCGGCCGGCUUCGCGCCGCCCGAGCGGCAUGUGCCGGCCCUCAGCGACCGCAGCGAGCUGAAGGUGGCGCUCGCCGCCUGCCACGGCCUCACGCGGCUGGCCGGCCAGCUGAUCGGGGACCCGCUCGAUGUCAAGAUGUUCGAGGCCACCGACUGGGUGAGUACGGCGACGGUGGCCUGCUCCGCGCGGCACCCGACGCAGCCGGGCGGCCGAUCUGGCGGAGACGUGACCGGGACCCGGCCCGUCGCUGGCGGCUGCCGUCAGCAUCCGGCCAAGAGGGACUGGUGGUGGGCAAACGAAGAUCAGAAGGCAGCAUUUAUGGGGUGUGGAUGUGUAACCCACAUGUGGUAAUCAAUGAGUA